UAAUAGGUAAGUGAGGUGAAAUUUUUUUGAGCUUCUUGAAUAUUACUUUGUUUAUUUAUUGUUGUUUUGAUCAUUUCCAAUUAUCAAUAUGUGAUUAUUGACCGGCUCUACCAGGUAAAGGCUGAAUUGGUCACCCACCUCAUCAUGCACGACACAUGUUUGAUGAAAUUCUCCAUACACCUUUUAUGCAUAAAACAAGCUCCUACCCUUGAGCAAUGUUGUUCGUGAUGCUUUGCCUUUGAAAGUUUUCAAAAUCUGUCAUUUCUUUCUCUGUGUUAUGAUUUGGAGUUAUGGGCUCCAAAACAUUGUUUAAGUGGCCAAAGCAAAUUACAAAUUCCCUGGUUGAGCAGCUGAUAAAAACAGAAAGGGAUAUACACAGAGCUCUCCUUGUGUUUGACUCGGCAACAGCUGAAUAUAGCAAUGGCUUUCGUCAUGAUCACAAGACUUUUGGUAUCAUGAUCUCUAAGUUGGUCACUGUGAACCAGUUUCGGUUAGCAGAAGGAUUGCUUGAGAGAAUGAAGCAAGAAAAUUGUGAGGUUACAGAGGACAUAUUCUUAACUAUUUUCAGAGGUUAUGGACGUGUGCAUAGGCCACUUGAUGCCAUGAGGGUAUUCCUGAAGAUGGAACACUUUAAGUUGCGGCCCAGUGUGAAGUCAUAUCUUACAAUGAUGAAUAUUCUUGUGGAGGAAAACCAUUUAAAGAGGGCCCUUGGUUUUUACAGGGAGAUGAGAGGAACAGGCAUUCCCCCUAGUGUUGUUUCCCUCAACAUUUUAAUCAAAGCCCUCUGUAAGAGCAAUGAAACCAUUGACGUGGCUUUGCAGAUAUUUCGCGAGAUGCCAAACCGGGGAUGCCAGCCAGAUUCUUAUACAUAUGGCACAUUGAUUAAUGGGCUGUGUAAACUGGGAAAAGUCAGUCAGGCAAAAGAGCUGUUCGAUGAGAUGGAGCAGAAAGAAUAUGCACCAUCUGUUGUUACCUAUAGUAGUAUGAUACAUGGGAUGUGCCAAUCUAAUAACUUGGAUGAAGCCAUGCAAUUGCUUGAAGAGAUGAAAAGAAAAAGCAUUGAGCCAAAUGUUUUUACUUAUACUUCUUUGAUGGACGGUUUAUGUAAAAGUGGGCAUUCAUUACGAGCAUUAGAGCUUUUAGAAAUGAUGAUUAUAAAACGUCAUUUGCCUAACAAUGUCACUUAUACAACUUUAAUUGAUGGGCUAUACAAAGAAGGAAAGCAUAGGGAAGCUGUGGAUGUUCUUGACAGGAUGAGGCUUCAAGGUUUGAAACCAAGUGCAGGGCUGUACGGGAAAAUCAUAAAGGGCUUCUGUGCUGAAUGCAGCUAUCAAGAAGCUGCGAACUUCAUCGAGGAGAUGGUGCUUGGCGGUAUUAAGCCAAGUCGAGUGACUUGGGGGCUUCAUGUUAGAAUGCAUAACAUGGUGAUCCAAGGCCUUUGUAGUAGUAUUGAUCCACCCCGUGCGUUUCAGUUGUAUCUUAGUACACGAACUAGAGGUGUUUCAAUUGAAGUUGGCACUUUUGAUUGUUUAGUCAAAUGUUUUUGCAAGAGGGGAGACCUGCACAAAGCUGCUCGAAUUCUUGAUGAGAUGGUAUUAGAUGGCUGCAUUCCAGAUGAGGGAAUAUGGAAUGCAGUAAUAGUUGGACUUUGGGAUCGGAAAAGAGUUAGAGAAGCCACUGAGCUACUGCUUGCUGAACUGAAACAGAAAUUUGUUGAAGCUGAAAGUUGAAGCUUGACCACAUGUAUGCGCAUUGUAUUUUCCAAAGUCUUGGGUAAAUUAAAUUCAGGGGAAGAUGACAGGCUAAUGUUAAAAGUCUAUGGUGAGGAUAAAUUAACUAUGCAUCAAAUCUCUUCUGGAAAACGGUUGUGGAAGUAUAAGACAAGGAGCAAGACAAGUUAUUUAAGGUAGAUUCAACUUGUUUAGGGGUUUCUGAAGCAAUCAAUUAUCCGUAGAAUAUUUGGCGUAAUGAUGAGUUGAUAGAUAAGUCUUUCUUGUGAUAGCUUUAGAACAGCCUUAAAUAUUAAACGAAAUUAUUGAAAAGGGAAAACAAAAUUGGAUAACAUGCCAUAUGAAUAACGAGGUUCUGCCAUCAAGUGAAUAUACAUAUCACCACAUGGACAAGAAAAUGAUGAAAAUGGUUGAUUAUCCAUUCACUGACUGGGGUUACAUACACGGUUCCAAUACAAUAUUGAGCAUUAUAACAUACAAAUGGGAAACUAACCAACUUCAACUGCUUCUAACCGAAGUAGUUAUAUAAUUUAUCCACAUUUGAGAAUAAGUAUACAUGACUGCCACAUAUAGCAUGUUCCCAACAUGAUAAAUCACUAAUCA